AGGCGUGUGUAUGACGUCACCUCGGCGCGACCGGCCGGCGCUGGAGGAAGGAGCCUGCUGAGGGAUGCCCAAGAAGUUCCAGGGCGAGAACACCAAGUCGGCGGCGGCCCGGGCGCGGAGGGCCGAGGCCAAGGCGGCGGCCGACGCCAGGAAGCAGAAGGAGCUGGAGGAUGCGUACUGGCGGGACGAGGACAAGCACGUCAUGAGGAGGGAGCAGCGCAAGGAGGAGAAGGAGAAGCGGCGGCUGGAGCAGCUGGAGCGCAGGAAGGAGGCGCAGCGGCUGCUGGAGGAGGAGGACUCCAGGCUCAAGGGCGGCAAGGCGCCCCGCGCUGCCCCCGCCAAGGUCACCCGCGCACAGAUCGAGGAGACGCUGCGCCGGGACCCGGUGCACAGAGAGGCGCCCGAGCCGGCCGAGAAAGCCAAGAGCCACCUGGAGGUGCCCCUGGAGGAGAACCUCAACCGGCGUGUCGGCGAGGAGGGCAGCGUGGAGGCGCGCACCAUCGAGGAUGCCAUCGCGGUGCUCAGCGUGGCGGAGGAGGCGGACCGGCACCCGGAGCGGCGCAUGCGCGCGGCCUUCACGGCGUUCGAGGAGGCGCAGCUGCCGCGGCUGAGGCAGGAGCACCCCAACAUGCGGCUGUCGCAGCUCAAGCAGCUGCUAAAGAAGGAGUGGCUGCGCGCGCCCGAGAACCCCAUGAACCAGCGGGCGCUGCCUUUCAACGCCCCCAAGUGACGGGCCGGCCUGCGGGGAGGGACCCCCGCCCGACGCCCUGCGCCCCCAGAGCGGGCAAUAAAGGUGGUCGGAGAGG